AUGAAGAUCAUAUCCCCGGAGCAGCAUGACUUCACCCCUGGGCGAGAGAUUACAGAUAGUAUUAUCAUGGCAAUAGAGACUAUCCACUCAAUGCAUAGUUCCAAAGCUAAAGGUAUGAUUAUUAAGCUAGAUGUAAGCAAAGCAUAUGAUCGGGUUUCUUGGAAUUUUCUUUUUGAGGUUCUUAAAAAAUUUGGUUUUAAGCAAAAAUGGUUGGAUUGUAUAAAACAUUGUGUAUCCUCUGUGAACUACUUUGUGAUUGUCAACGGGACUAUGAGCGGUUUUUUCCAGGCUACUAAUGGGUUAAGACAAGGAGAUCCCCUGUCACUAUUCCUAUUUGUAUUGAUGGCAGAAGUGCUUGGUAGGAGUAUCAAAUUUAGUGUUGGUCAGGGGGCAUGGAAAGGUAUUUCUAUUAAGGGGUAUAUGGAACCUGUGUCACAUUUACAGUUUGUGGAUGACACAAUAUUAUUUGGAGAAGCCUCAAAAAGAGAAGCUUUGAUAAUUAAAAAAGGUGUUGUACGAAUAUGA